GCAAAGUUCUGAGCAAGGAUAAAAUCAAGGUUUUGGGUUAAUUUUUCAGGAAAAAUUGAACAAAUGUUUUCCCGAUUUAGAGUUGGAAGAGGCUCCAUGCGGUGACUUUUCCCUCCAGGGCCCUUGCUUUCAUAAAGGGGUUUUGGGGAUCAGUGGUCAUCUAUUAAAUAGAAGCCAAAGGUUGAAGCCAGAGACAAUUUUGCCAGCUUCUCAAAGCAGUGCUGUUCACAGAUCAAACACAAGGAUGAAUAGUACAGAACCCUACAAAUUUGAAACUCUUGCUGUGACUAAACCACUGGACCAUGUGAUUCAGGUUGAACUUAACAGACCUGACAAAAGAAAUGCUAUGAAUGGAACGUUUUGGAGGGAGAUGGUGGAUUGUUUUCGACAGAUUGCUGAUGAUGCCGACUGCAGAGCUGUGGUUUUAACUGGAGCAGGAAAAAUUUUCACUGCAGGCCUUGAUCUUAUGGAUAUGGGGAGUAAUUUAAUGAGUUCUGACCUGGAACCCUCCAGAAGAGCUCAUCUGCUGAGAAAAUUAAUCCUCUUCUUACAGGAUUCAUUUCGUACCAUCGAAAAAUGUCCGCAGCCAGUCAUUGCAGCUUUUCACUCAGCAUGUGUGGGUGGAGGAGUUGACAUGAUCUGCUCCUGUGACAUUCGUCUUUGCUCAUCUGAUGCUUGGUUUCAAAUUAAGGAAAUUGACAUAGGACUGGCUGCAGAUUUGGGUACUUUGCAGAAAUUUCCGAAAAUUAUUGGAAAUGACAGCCUUGCAAGAGAGCUUUGUUUCACUGGGAGACGAUUCACAGCUGAGGAAGCCUUGCAAUUUGGAUUUGUUAGUCGUGUCAGCCCAGGCCGUGAUAGCCUGGUAAAGGAAGCAUUGGAGCUGGCAGGCCAGAUUGCCAAGAAGAGCCCCGUUGCCAUGGCAGGGACCAAGCACAACCUUAAUUUUUCAAGAGACCAUUCUGCACAAGAGGGUUUGGAAUACAUGGCUACGUGGAACAUGGCUAUGUUACAAACGGAAGACAUUCUGAAAGCUGUGCAGUCUGGAAUGAAUAAAGAGGAACCUGUGUUCUCAAAGCUUUAAACCACUCUCAGUCAUAGUUGUAAACAUUACAUUGACACUUUGAUCUUACAGAAAUCCUUCAACAAUUGUUCGCAUGUGAUUAUCAGUAUUCUUAAAACGA